UCUGCUCCAGCUGCGGCCAUCUUAUAUUUUCGCGUCCCAUCAGACUUAAAUAAAAUUUCCAGCGAUUUUACGUGUUUUCUGUGCUGACACGAUCUGAAAAUGAAGAUUAAGGAAGCUGGACCUUCUCGACUAGCGGACCGGCUGGCCGCCGCGGCCGCAGAUGCCAAUUGCAUCUGCCGCAGGCCGGAAACGAACGUCGUUUGUGGAAAUUGUUCCGCCAAGUUCUUUGGCCGGGUGCAACGGACCUGCCCGAGCCACACUCACGUGAUAUAUCUGCUGGAUUACGGAUACUGUCCGAAAUGUAAAGCGCCUUGGCGUUCGCUGGAGGAGCUGACGGCGGCCGAAAUGUUCAAACUGGAUUUGGCAAAAUUAAGAACUGCCAACAACAAUCCGGUCAUUCGAUCGUAAUUUCUAUCUACUUUUGAAGAUCCUAUUUUUCUUUCUUGAAUAAAUUAAUUUGAUUUAAUUUCAA